AUGAAAAUAACAGCCUUGCACCAGCCUGAGAAAACUUGCAAGAGAGUGUACGAUGAGGUGCUGGCGAGCGCAGUCUCGGGAGCACAAUCCUCACAUGACCCUGAGGAGAUCGGUGCAGCGUUGCCGACGUUCGACGGUAUUCGAAGCGCUCUCCGACGGGAGCGGGCUCGAAUCCGCCCUCCGUUGCCCUCAUCUCGCUCGGAAAUCUGCCUCGAAGAUCAAUGGGGGAAAACCAUCGAUGGCGACGACUUCUUGCUUUUUGAUCAAGGCUCGUCAGAUCGUAUCCUCGGCUCCGCUUCGCAUGAAUCGAUGAGGAUCCUAAUCGAGGCUCGCUCCAUUUACAUGGAUGGAACUUUCCGGGUGGUUCCGAGGCUGUUUCUCCAAUUAUACUCCAUUCACGCCUUUUACAAGGGACAGAUGCAAGCCUUGGUCUAUUUCUUACUCCCGGACAAGUCCAAGGCUACCUGCAACCGAGUCUUCGCCAUGCUCAAAGAGUAUGCCCUCUCUGUGGGGAAAGUUUUCCAACCCACAACGGUGCAAUUGGACUUCGAAGUGGUUUGCCUCAACGCCAUCCAAGAGAGUUUCCCCGGAGCAGGAGUGAAAGGCUGUAACUUUCACUUCUGUCAGGCUUUGUGGAGGAAAGCACAGGAGCUCGGUUUACAGCCUUACUAUGGGGAUCGAGCUGUGAACAGAUUCCUCAAAUGCGUGGCAGCCCUCAGUUUGGUGCCUCUGGAGGAGAUCGAUGAAGCUUGGCUGCAGAUAGACAGCGACUCUCCGAGUGCAGACCAUCCAGCCUUCCGAGCUCUCGAUCGCUUCAAAACGUACUUCAUAAGCACGUGGUUGGAGAACGAGUCGGUUUUCCCGCGUGUUCUCUGGAACCAUUACAGGAACUUCGGAGCGCGUACAACAAACCAUAUCGAGGGUUGGCAUCACGCCCUCAAUGGUCGCGUCGGGAAACGACACGUUAACCUCUUCGAGAUCGUGUCGCACCUUCAGAAAGAAGAGCACGGCAAUAAAGCUCAACGCUUGCUACUCGAUAUGGGCAGAGCUCCGAAGCCUGUUCGGAAGAAGUAUCGAGUUCUGAACGAACGACUGAUCCGUCUGACGGAUCAAUAUGAAGCCCAGGAGCUCUCUUUGAUACAAUAUGUGAGCCGGGUCGCUCACAACUUAUAUACCGAUUAA